AUGACCGAGCUACAGCCAGAUGCGGACGACGCCAAGCCUGCCAAAGUGCCCGGGAAGAGGGAGAGCAGAGUGGGCUCAGCCCACUCCGAGGCUGAGAAUGGCGUGGAGGAGAAGAAGAAGGUCUGCAGGUCGCCUACAGCCCAGUCGCCUCCCACCCCAUCCAGCGAGGCGGAGUCCCCAGACCCGAAGAGAGCCAUCUACCUGCGGUCAAAAUCCAGUUUCGAUGGUGUCUCUUUAGCGAGUGAUAAGAACGACUGCAAAACAGAAAGCAAAAAUGACUCUAAGCUUGAGAGGAAAAAGUCUUCGUCUUCCAGCCAGUACAAGGCGAAUUUACACUUCCACAAGCUGUUCCUCGAAGUCCCGACUGAAGAACCACUGAGGCAGAGCUUUACCUGUGCUCUGCAGAAAGAAAUUUUAUACCAAGGGAAGCUCUUCGUAUCAGAAAACUGGAUUUGCUUUCAUUCCAAGGUCUUUGGGAAAGACACUAAGAUCUCUAUUCCUGCUUUCUCCGUCACCCUGAUAAAGAAAACCAAAACUGCCCUUCUGGUGCCAAAUGCCCUGAUUAUAACGACGGUCACAGACAGGUACAUAUUUGUCUCCCUCCUCUCCAGAGAUUCCACUUAUAAGCUACUCAAAUCCGUGUGCGGACACUUAGAUAAUAUAAGUGUGGGUAACAGUCCCAACCCGUCUUCUCUCGAAAACAGUUUCCGGGCAGACCGCUUCCGGGCAGACCGCCCUUCGUCGCUGCCUCUGGAUUUCAACGACGAGUUCUCCGACCUGGAUGGAGUGGUUCAACAGAGGAGGCAAGACCUGGGAGGCUACAGCAGCUCUGGCUCACAGACACCCGAGUCCGAGAACUCCAGAGAUUUCCACGUGUCGGAAUCCCAGACGGUCCUCGGUGUCUCCAAGGGAGAAGCAAAGCCAACGAGGGCAGAUGCCCAAGUGAACAGAGCACCUGAAGGCAAAGCCAAGGGUCUCCCUGCACACGGUCAGUCAGAAUCCAAUGGAAUCUUACACAAAGUGAAGUCGCAGAAUCAUCCGAAUCUCCGCCAUAUUCUUAUAUUCUAUGCAGUUGUUGUCUGCGCUCUAAUCCUCUCGACCUUCUACAUGAGAUACAGAAUCAACACCCUGGAGGAGCAGCUGGGGUCGCUGACCUCCAUUAUGGACACCCAUCACGCUGAACACACAGCGCCGCCCGGCCUGGGGUCGCAGGUGCAGUUGAACGCUGAAGUCCUCUGCCGAGAGCUCACCGCCAACAUCGUGAAGCUAGAAAAGAUACAGAACAACUUACAGAAAUUGCUGGAGAAUGGCGACUGA